AUGGCACCAGCGGUCAGGAGGAACAAGAUCAGCCUUAUCGGCUCGGGCAACAUCGGAGGUGUGAUGGCCUACCUCGCCCAGAUUCACGAGCUCGGAGACGUUGUGCUUUUCGACAUUGCGCCAACUCUUGGUGCCGCCAAGGCCCUUGACAUCAUGCAUGCCAACGCCGUCUACGACACCUCCCAGAGGGUCAUUGGCACCACCAAGUACGAAGACAUUGCCGACAGUGACGUGUGCAUCAUUACCGCCGGUUUGGCCAGGUUGCCGAACAAGAAGGACGAUGAGUGGAGCCGUGACGACCUCGUUGGCCCGAACAGCAAGAUCAUGACCACCAUCGGUGAGAACAUCAAGAAGUACGCCCCCAACGCUUUCGUCAUUUGCAUCACCAACCCGCUCGACGUCAUGGUCAAGAUGCUCCUCAAGUCCACUGGAUUCCCCAAGAACAAGGUUGUCGGUAUGGGAGGACUCUUGGACUCGUCCCGUAUGCGCCACUACAUUGCCGACAAGUUGAACGUCCACCCCAGAUACGUCCACGGCUGGUGCAUUGGUGGCCACGGUGACUCCAUGAUCCCGUUGGUCAACCACGUCAAGGUCAACGGCCUGCCGAUCCAGCACUUCAUUGAGACUGGAGAGAUCACCCAGGCCGACCUCGAUGCCAUUGAGAAGCGCACCAUCGGCUCUGGUAUGGAACUCGUUCAGUUGUACGGAACCGGAUCCGCUUACUUCGCGCCAGCCACCGCCGCCAUCGAGAUGGCUGCUGCUUACCUCCAGGACAAAAAGUCCAUCAUUGUCUGCUCAUGCUACCUGGAGGGUGAGUACGGCCACAGCGACGUCUACCUGGGCACGCCUGCGGUUCUUGGUGCCAACGGUGUCGAGAAGAUCAUCACCCUCAAGCUGUCCCCCGAGGAGCAGGCCAAGAUUGACGCGUCGGUCAAGGACAUCAGGAGGCUGGAGGCUCUCAGCGCCUAG